AUGGCUAACAGCGAGGAGUACUGGCAGCACACAGCGCCGGCUGGGACGUGUCCUCAGCAGACCUCAGUGCAAAAUAUGGUGUACUCGCCGUACGUCAGCUCACCCCAGAAUGGCAGCAGCCAGCAAUCAAUGUUGCAGUCAGUGGCAGGUUCAAUGUACAGUUCGUCACUCAUGCCAACUCCAGCACCUCAUCGAAUCUACUCUACGACCUCCACUCAGGUGAAUGCAAAUCAGCAACCACAGACUGCAACCGCAGCCUCGGAGACGAUGAAUCCAGAGGCGGGGUCCACUCAGGGCAUUUCACAAGCUGACACAGAGGUCAUUUCAACGCCCCUUGCUGUUUCAUCUCCCGGAGGUGGUACACACGGUGUUCAGUCGCCACGCACUAGCUUCCAGUCGCCAAUGAGCAUGCCCUAUCGCUCUGCUGUAAUACCUCCUGAUGGAACUUCAGCCGGCCUUUACUUUCCAGCCCUGGAUCAGGGUCCUGUUGUCCAGAAUUUGUGGUGUUCGCAACUGCCUGCCCUUCCAGUGCAGUACCUGCCCACCAUGUGGAAUAUUCAACAGACAACCUCCACAGACUUCCUGAACCAUCUACCGACUCAGCCAGCAAGAACAGAUCAGCAGGCGAGCCAGGUCUCUAACUCACCGAUGCGGCAACCAACGGAGCAGGGUAAACCUGAGCUUUCGAAUGUGAUGGCGAAGCCGUCGGGUGAUGAUCCUGAUGUCUACGGCAAGGAUCGGCCAGAAAUGCUGGAUGCCUCAGA